GGUAUUUCGUUUUUCGUUUUCCCGAACUCAGGCAAUACACAGUUGAUUGGUAAUUAUGACAAUAUUUUCUCCAAAAAUUCUCAUCGCAUUGGGCCACAUCAUCGUUUGUAUGCUGUUUGCGGAAACAGAAGGUAUCUUUCUUCCUAAGAAGGGUGACUAUCCUUACCUCACUAGGGAGAGAGUUUUCAUCGAACCCCACAAAAGACCAUUUUGCAAUGCCUUUACCGGUUGCGGCCGCAAACGCUCUAACCUGCCGGCGCUGACCUCUCAAGGCGAGGAGAUGGACGAAUCCAUCAACAGUCUCCUGGAAUUGAGCGCCGAGCCCGCCGUCGAGGACCUCUCCCGGCAGAUCAUGUCUGAGGCCAAGUUGUGGGAAGCAAUCCAGGAAGCGAACGUCGAACUGAACAGGCGCAAACAGAAACAAGCCCUAGAGGGCAUCCAAAACGACCAACCGGUUCCUGCUCGGAGCGCUACUGCUAGUUGCGCUUUACCCCCAUGUUACAUUUAAGUACUUAUAGAUGGCGCUAGGAAAUAUGGUUCGAAUCGAUUAUAAAAUAAAUAGUGAUUUUUAGCGUUUUUUUUUAUUUAAAAAUUGUUUUUUGGCUCUUCAGAUCUAAAUCAAGUAUAGCUAUUCAUUAAUUCAAUCUCUUUUAAAUUCCUUAUUUAAAAGUACUGCUUAUAAUCUCUUUGUCAUAGGCACUUUUCAGUGCGUCACAGUUUUCGAUUUCUUUCUAACGCAUUAAGUUUGAAGUGACAGAAAAAAACGUUUAAAUUUUUUUCUAAUAAUUCAGUUCUAUUUGACUCAUUCAUGUUGAUAAUUCCGACAUACUUAUAAUGUAAUAUUUUAAAGUAGACGACUUUAAAUUGAUAUUGCCAAUAUUUAUGAGUUGUGUACCUGGACUUUAUUGGAAGAUAUAUGGAUGUUCAUUAUAUGAAAUAAACUUUAACUAAAAAUUAUAGCAUGUGGUUUGUCUUUAAAAAGACAAACCACAUGCAAUGAUGACAGUAAAAUUAUCGUGUCAGUGAUCUUAUAAUAAAUCAUGAGGAAAAAACCAGGAAAAAAACCUCAUUGGUCUUACACUGGUCUUACAUUUAGUUUACUCUCAAAAUUAUCACUAAACAACACUGAUUUUAUAUGUAUGUUAUUAUAAAAUAUAAAUUAUUUGUAUCCUUAAUAUGUUAUUGACUCGUUAUUUUCUUUAUAUUAAUUUCCUCUUUUAAUACCAUAUCCUACUACACUCUGCCGAGGAAUUUGCGACGCAAUUGGUUUCAUUUAACAGAAUUAGAAAUCCGCUUCUUUGAUUUUUCUCUUUUUAGCAUCUGUUUCUAUCAGCACUAUGGACUAUUGGAGCACUAUCUGCACUAUUUCUAUCAGCACUAUUGGAGAAGCUUGUUGAAGGAGGCUAAGGCUAAGAUUAGAAUGUCUUCACUGAACUCUAUGUCCAUUUUCACAUGCGUGUUUACAUAUUUCAAGAAACUAAUAUAUGUAUCCAUCCAUCCAAUGGCACUACAGCCCAAAUCGAGCCUUAGCCUCCUUCAACAAGCUUCUCCAAUCAUUUCGAUUUACCGAUGUUCUUUUCCAUGAACGCGUUCCCAGGAAGUUCCUGGCAUCCUCAUCCACUUCGUCUUCCCAUCUCUUUUUAGGUCUUCCAACAGGUCUUCUUCCCUGCAUUCUUGCAUUCAGCAAUUUUCUGGGGAUUCUAUUCUCAUGCAUGCGGACCACGUGCCCUGCCCACCGUAAUCUCUGCAGUUUAGUGUAUUGUGCUAGAGUUGGUUCGCUAUAUUGCUCGUAUAUUUCUCUAUUAUACCUAAUUCGCCAGUUGUUAUUUUCACUUAUUGGGCCCAGUAUCCUACGUAACACUUUUCUUUCAAACACAUCUAAUGCAUUGGCAGAUUUCUGUGUCACCACCCAUGUUUCGCAGCCAUAACUUACUAUGGGCCUGAUUAUUUUUUAUAUACCCGGAGUUUUGUUUUCCGGUGUACGUCUCGCGAUUUGAAUAUGUGGCCCAUCGCGAAAUAGGCUAUAUUUGCCAGCACAAGCCUUCUAUUUAUUUCCGGUUCUUCUUCAUUGCUUGCAACCAGAUCCAUUCCUAGGUACGUGAAUCUAUUCACAUGUUCUAUAUCGUCAAUAAAGUGUUGUUGCGCCGGUCUAUUUGAUCUGGUUUGUAUGAGUAGUUUUGUUUUAUUUUCAAUAACUCACUUUAUUUUCAACUACAUAACUGUUUCAACUCAACGUAGGUUUCUUCCGCUGCAUUCAUUGUUCUGCUCAUUAUGUUUAUAUCAUCUGCGUAUGCUGCUAAUUGGGUAGAUUUGUUUGUAAGUAUGUUAUUUCUGCUCACCGUCAACCGUCUAAUUACAUAUUCAAGAACAAGAUUAAAAAGCGUUGGAGCCAGUCCGUCGCCUUGUUUCAGUCCUUGCGUUAUCGUAAACGCAUCAGUGAUCUGUCCUUGAAUACAUACCAGCAGAGUCCAUUUCUGUUUGAAAUUGAAAUUAUUAGAAGAAUUUUUUACCAAAGAACAAAAUCGAAUUUUUUUAAAUUGAUUAAUAGUUUUUGUAUUUUGAGAACGAAUUCCGAAGUGCAAAUCGAAACGUCAAAUAAAUUUAAAGUAAAAUUGUGACUUAUUCAUACCAAAAAUAAUAAAUUAUAAAAGCUUAUUUAAAAGUAUGUUUAAUAUUGUUAACAAUUUUUUGUACCAUGUAAGUUACUUAAUUCUAAGCUUUUUGACUUAACGCCAUGUUUAUGUUUCUGUUUUGAUCAACAUUCUUUGGUCUAUCUCCUUCCAUUUGAGAGACACAUCUUUGACAUUCGACAGAUGGCAAUUCAGGGUUUAAAGUUGACAUUUGACGUUAAUAAUGUUAUAUUUAAGUUCCACCCUGGAUCCAUGUUUGGAUUUUGUAGUGGAGAAGCAGAAAAAUAUGUUAAUUGAAUUGUUGUUUUCUUCUGAUCUUAUAUUUUGUACUAAGUUAUAACGAUUCCAACCAUAUUGAAAUUUAUCUGAGUAUACAAAGCCAUCGACUGACUAAAAUUCUUCAAUUAACCUAUUGAUACUUCAACAGAAGUGAGGAAUUAAUACUAAAAAGAAAUUCAUAUCUUGAAAAAUUAUAAAAGAUUGUUUAAAUUUGCAUAGUAGAGGUUGUGUUUAUAUUCUUAGAUUAUAUGUAACAGAUAUAUUUAGAAAAUAUAUUAUAGAAUAAAUGUUACAAUAUUAUUGUU